CUCUCUCUCUCCUCUUUAGACCCCUCCCUCGUAGAGCCGCCCUGAAGACAGGGGCCCCCUUUUUUGAAUGACAGUGCGUUGGGAAGGAAGACGAAUGUUUGUCUGAUUUCAGCCGCAGCGUCGAUGAGAAGCAGUGGAGGAACUCCAUUCUAACUGAAUGGAUUGGUAUGGGGAGAAGCGGACCACAGAUCACGGCUAAGCGGCUGCUUUUGGACUGUGUAACGUUGACGAUGGUUUUACUCUCGCUGCUGUUUCGACCAGCUCACUGCCAGCAGUGUCGAAUCCAGCGCUGCAACGCCGAGUACGUGUCUUCUACCUCACCCAAUAGUGGUCUGCAGGAUGACGUGGCUCUAGACGUGGACUACUGCAUUGCCUUGCGGGCCUACGCUCUGUGCACCCGGCGGCAGGCGCGCAGCUGCAGGGGCGACCUGGUCUACCACUCGGCCGUCUUCCGCAUCAAGGAGCUAUUCUCUCAGCACAACUGCUCCAGCGACGGGCCCACCUCCUCCGCCAAGGUGCCCAGCACGUCCCGGCCGGCCGUGUCGGAGCUGUGCGACUACGAGAGCCGGGUCCUCGCGUCGGGCUCGGCCGGGCAGCAGAAGAAAUACGCCCACUGUGGAUUAUUCGGAGACCCGCACCUGAGGACUUUCCGCGACGAGUUUCAGACCUGCAAGGUGGAAGGGGCGUGGCCUCUGAUCGACAACCGCUUCCUGUCGGUGCAGGUGACCAACGUGCCCGUCGUGCUGGGCUCCAGUGCCACGGCGACCAGCAAGAUCACUGUGAUCUUCAAGUCCUUCCACGGCUGCACGGAUCAGAAGGUGUACCAGGCCACCACAGAAGAUCUGCCGCUGGCCUUUCAGGAUGGGACUCGCAGCGGCAGCGAGAGCGGCAGUCUGAACAUCGCGGAGCGCGGCGGCUCCGGAGUGGGCCGCCAGGUGAAGAUACAGGCCCGAUACAUCGGCACCUCCAUCAUCGUGCGUCGCGUGGGCAGCUACCUGACCUUUGCCAUCCGCAUGCCAGAGGACACCCUGGACUUUUCGGAGGACAACGGCGGUCUGCAGCUCUGCCUGCACGGCUGCCCGCGCAACGAGCUCAUCAAGGAGCACACGCUGGGCCGCCAGAGCCAGCAGCCCCGCCUGCAGGGCACCAACACGGAGCUGGGUCCUCUGAGGCCUCCUCACCAGGUCUACACGGUGGAGCGGGCCACGGCCAAGUGUAGAGAGACUCUGCAGGUGGAGGACGUGUACUUUCAGUCCUGUGUGUUUGACUUGCUGACCACAGGAGACCCUGAGUUCUCUAUGGCGGCCUACGGCGCUCUGGAGGAUUUAAAGGCGCUGCCGCCGAGCAAACUGAAGCAGAAUUUCCCGAGGACUCCUCGUCUUUACAACCGAGCGGCGUCACACACGGCGGCCGCAGCAGCCAGCAGCUCCCUGCUCUCACUCCUACUCCUCAUUGUGCUGCUUUUGUAAAAAAAAAUUAAAUAUAUAUCUGUAAAUGAUAAAAAAAGAAGAAAAGAGAAACCUGGAGACAGAACGUGGAAGCAUUACCAGCUUGAGGAAAGAGUGAGGAGAGCUCAGACAUAUAUAUUUGUAAUUUUCUUUUUCUGGAGGGGGGGGGGGGGGUAGGGCAAUUUGUGAAUGUUGUGAUCUUUUUCUGUUUUAUUUGUCAUUUGAAGGAUUUCACACUCAUUAAAUAUGGUCUUUUUUUUUUUCCCACUUCACAUUUUCCGUGGAUUCAUGAGUGACAUCAUCAGUUGAAAAGAGACAGAAAUGCAUGAACUCAUGUGGUUUGGGGUCCAGUACGUCAUGUUUCCACAUGCUCACUGUUAAUCGGUUUACGGUUCACGGCAGCUAAAUGGCAUUGAGUUUUUUUUUUUUGUAAAUAGAAAAGUCAUCAUAGUGCACAACCUUCAAACACUCCACCAUGCAUGAAUCUGCACAUGUAACUCCAUACUGUAUGUAAGCAACGUGGCUUCUAGAUCCUGUAUAAUCCAGUAAUAUCAAUAGCACUUAACGGUUUUAACAGCAAGUUUUGUGUGUUCAGAUGUCAUUUAUUUUGUCUAUGUAAACGGUUAAUUUCAUAAAAUUGCUAUGAUUAAUAAUACACAGGAUCCAACAACUGUAUGUAAAAACUACCUAUCCAUAACAUAUGGUGUGUCAGUGUGAUAUUCAACAGUUCUCAUCUUCUGUGAAACACUCCCUCGUCAAGCUGUUUGGCUUCCAGUUUUAAAAAAGGUUUAAAAAAAAAAAAAACACAAAUCUUUAUAUAAUAAUAUAUUAAAAGAGUGUAUAUAUGUGUUUUAUAUUGUGUACAUUUGCCUGUGUAUAGAUGUUUUAACUGUAAUGUGUUUUACAUUUGUUGUGUUUUUUUAGUAGGUUAUUU